AUGGAGGUGCCGGAGUGCGCCUCUCCCCGGGCGCCCACCCUCAGUCCCCGGAGCCCUGGGUGGCACGUGCCCGGGCAGCGCCGGGCCUCCUCGGGGACCAGGGCGAGCUUGCGCCGAGAGGGCUACACGGUCCAGGUGAACGUCAACGACUACUUGGACAUCUACUGCCCGCACUACAACUCCUCGGUGCCUGAGGGGCGCAUGGAGCAGUACAUCCUGUACAUGGUGAACCACGAGGGCUACAGGACGUGCAACAUCAGCCAAGGGUUCAAGCGCUGGGAGUGCAACCGCCCGCACGCCCUGCACAGCCCCAUCAAGUUCUCGGAGAAGUUUCAGCGCUACAGCGCCUUCUCGCUCGGCUACGAGUUCCACGCCGGACACGAGUACUACUACAUCUCGACUCCGACGCACAACCACCGCCGGGCCUGCCUCCGAAUGAGAGUCUUCGUCUGCUGUGCUUCUACGUCGCACUCUGGGGAGAAGGCGGUCCCGACCCUCCCGCAGUUCACUAUAGGGCCAGAGGUGAAGAUCGAGGACUUGGAUAACUUUAACCCCGAGAUGCCCAAGCUGGAGAAGAGCAUCAGCGGGACCAGCCCCAAACGGGAACACUUGCCCCUGGCCGUGGCCGCCGCCCUCUUCCUCAUGACCCUCUUGGCCUCCUAGCUGCGUGGGGUGCCGAGGGAGAACACCGAGCCGCCCACGUGGACCCAGCUCCCUCCCCAGUGACUCCCUUGACGUUGUGAAAGGACAGACAAUUAAGAAAUGAUAUAUUUAAACUGGCGUAUCUGCGAGGAGGCAGCGGGACGGGCAGACGGGGAGUGCCGCGGUGGCGGAGCGUGAACCUUUUCCCGGCGGCGCCACCCCCUCCCUCCCCCAGUGAAAGGAAUGUCACCACCGCAGCCUGCCUGCCUCUCUUUCACCUGCCCCGUCUGCCCCAUUGCUGGGGGGAGGGGAGGCUGUGGGGUGUUGCCUACUGCGACAGGGAGGGAGCCCCACCUGCCUGUGGACUUUAGAGGGGAGGGGGCUGUUUGGUGCCCUGCCGGAGGGCGUGUUCAGCCUCUGGGCCUCCCAGCCGAACAGUGACCUAAGGACCACGGGUCACCGGAGCAAUAGGCCGUCUGCCCGUCUCUUUGGGUGCCCGAGGCACGGGCCGGCAGUGAACACCCGGAGCAACGGAUCGCCUUGAAGACCUCGGCCGGCUUGGGCCAGAACCCGAGGACAUCGCACUCGGGCAAUGCUUUUGAGAGGGAGAGCUGGGCCCUGUUUGGAGAGGGGUGCACCCCGCCCAACCCAGUGACCGGGGGGGCACUGUACACCCAGUAACUCUCGACCUGGGAAGUGUGGUACCCUAGCUCUGGGGUACCUGUACAUAUCGCGAUGUGUCGUGUACAGAGAGAGGCUCUAUUAUCCGUGUCUAUAGAUUAUCAUAAACUGUUCUCGUAGUGGGUGGGCACGGGGCGGGCGCCGGCCUGCCUGCGUAAGCCAGAGUCCUUUUUUUUAAUUUCUCUCUUCUUUUUUUGGUGUUUUGUUCUUUUGGGGCGAUUCCUCCCUUUGUCUUCUGUGAAGACCAGACCUAUGCAAGACGCACGGACACUUUUCUUUCUGGGGCAAAAACCACGUCGACGAACAAGCAAAAGGACCUUUUUUGGGGGUGGAUGUUGGGAGUUUUUUUUGUGUUCUCAAGAGCUUUGGCUGGCGAUUUUCAUAUACUUGCUCUUAGUCUAUUAAAAAAAAAACUAAAUAAAAGGUGGAGAGAA